UUGGGAUACCACACCUCCUGGUUUUCAUCCUGCCUAUCAAACUACUGCUACUCAGUCUCUUUUGCUGGAUCCUCAUCCAGGUCAUGCCCACUAAAUACCCUGUGUGGACAGUAAUGACCGCACGCUUCCGAUUGCCAGCUGGCAGAACUUACAAUGUACGAGCAUCCGAGCUGGCACGAGACAGACAACAUACAGAGGUGGUCUGCAAUAUCCUUCUCUUGGAUAACACUGUUCAAGCUUUCAAAGUCAAUAAACACGAUCAGGGACAAAUUCUGUUGGAUACAGUCUUCAAACAUCUUGAUUUAACUGAAAGAGAUUAUUUUGGUUUACAAUUGGCUGAUGAUUCUACGGACAACCCAAGGUGGCUGGAUCCAAACAAACCAAUAAGGAAGCAGUUAAAAAGAGGAUCUCCUUACAGUUUGAACUUGAGAGUCAAAUUUUUUGUAAGUGAUCCCAACAAGCUACAAGAAGAAUAUACAAGAUACCAGUAUUUUUUGCAAAUUAAACAAGACAUUCUUACUGGAAGAUUGCCCUGCCCUUACAAUACUGCUGCCCUUUUGGCCUCCUUUGCUAUUCAGUCUGAAUUGGGAGACUAUGACCAUUCAGAAAACUUGCCAGGCUACCUCUCUGAUUAUUCUUUCAUCCCUGGUCAGCCUCAAGACUUUGAAAAAGAAAUUGCUAAAUUGCAUCAGCAACAUAUAGGCUUAUCUCCUGCAGAAGCAGAAUUCAAUUAUCUCAACACAGCUCGAACCUUAGAACUAUAUGGAGUUGAAUUGCACUACGCAAGGGAUCAAAGUAAUAAUGAAAUUAUGAUUGGUGUAAUGUCAGGAGGAAUACUAAUUUAUAAGAACAGGGUACGAAUGAACACCUUUCCAUGGUUGAAAAUUGUAAAAAUUUCAUUUAAAUGCAAGCAGUUUUUUAUUCAACUUAGGAAAGAAUUGCAUGAAUCUAGAGAAAUAUUACUGGGAUUCAAUAUGGUGAAUUAUAGAGCAUGUAAGAAUUUGUGGAAAGCAUGUGUAGAACAUCACACAUUUUUCCGUUUGGAUAGACCACUGCCACCUCAGAAGAAUUUUUUUGCACAUUAUUUUACGUUGGGUUCAAAGUUCCGAUACUGUGGGAGAACAGAAGUCCAGUCUGUACAAUAUGGAAAAGAAAAGGCAAACAAAGACAGGGUAUUUGCAAGAUCCCCAAGUAAACCUUUGGCACGGAAAUUGAUGGAUUGGGAAGUAGUGAGUAGGAAUUCAUUGUCUGAUGAAAGAUUAGAAACUCAAAGUUUACCGUCACGAUCUCCACCUGGAACACCAAAUCAUCGCAACUCUGCAUUUACACAAGAGGGAACACGACUACGACCAUCUUCAGUUGGACACUUGGUAGACCAUAUAGUCCACACCUCUCCAAGUGAAGUUUUUGUGAAUCAUAGAUCUCCAUCAUCAACACAGGCUAAUAGCAUCAUUCUGGAAUCAUCACCAUCUCAAGAGACUUCUGAAGAUGGGCAGCCUCCUGCAUUACCACCCAAACAAUCUAAGAAGAACAGUUGGAACCAGAUUCAUUUCUCACAUUCCCAACAAGACUUGGACAACCAUAUUAAUGAAGCAUUUGAUGUUCCUGCUUCACCUGAAAAUUCUACCCCAAUGGGUGGUAUUCCUCAGGAUAAUCUUGUUCUAAUCAAAAUGAAACCUGAUGAGAAUGGAAGGUUUGGAUUCAAUGUAAAGGGUGGAUAUGAUCAGAAGAUGCCUGUGAUAGUUUCUCGUGUAGCUCCAGGAACACCAGCUGACCUCUGUGUCCCUCGAUUGAAUGAAGGGGAUCAAGUUGUACUAAUUAAUGGCAGGGACAUCGCAGAACAUACCCAUGAUCAAGUUGUCAUGUUUAUUAAAGCUAGCUGUGAGAGACACUCAGGGGAACUUGUGCUCCUAGUUCGACCCAAUGCUGUAUAUGAUGUGGUAGAAGAAAAAUUUGAGAAUGAACCAGACUUCCAGUAUAUCCCUGAGAAAUCCCCACUGGAUGGUGUCCAUCAAAAUGAUAACGCCUUGAGGGAAUCGAUGAUCCAACUUGCUGAGGGUCUUGACAGUGGAACAAUCCUUACACAGUUUGAUCAACUCUAUAGAAAAAAGCCUGGAAUGACUAUGUCUUGUGCCAAAUUACCUCAAAAUAUUUCCAAAAAUAGAUACAGAGACAUUUCGCCUUAUGAUGCUACACGAGUCAUUUUAAAGGAUAAUGAUGACUACAUCAAUGCAAAUUAUAUAAAUAUGGAAAUCCCUUCUUCCAGCAUUAUAAAUCAGUAUAUUGCUUGUCAGGGGCCAUUACCAAACACUUGUACAGAUUUUUGGCAGAUGACUUGGGAACAAGGUUCCUCCAUGGUUGUAAUGUUGACAACACAAGUGGAACGAGGCAGAGUAAAAUGUCACCAGUAUUGGCCAGAACUCACUGAAAGUUCGUUGUACGGGGAUUUCCAGGUCACCUGCCAUUCAGAAGAAGGAAAUUCUGCCUAUGUCUUCAGAAAUAUGACACUAUGUAACUUAGAGAAAAAUGAGAGUCGUCAGCUCACCCAGAUUCAGUAUAUAGCCUGGCCUGACCAUGGAGUCCCUGAUGAUUCAAGUGACUUUCUCAAUUUUGUCUGUCAUGUACGAAAUAAGAGAGCUGGCAAAGAAGAGCCUAUCAUUGUUCAUUGCAGUGCUGGGAUUGGACGAACGGGGGUUCUUAUCACUAUGGAAACAGCUAUGUGUCUCAUUGAGUGCAAUCAACCAGUUUUAUCACUAGAUAUUGUAAGGACAAUGAGAGAUCAAAGAGCCAUGAUGAUUCAAACACCUGUAAUCAAAUACAGAUUUGUUUGUGAAGCUAUUCAGAAGGUUUAUGAAGAAGGAUUUAUUAAACCUUUAAAGUACAUAGUUGCAUAAAUAGAGAAACAAAAAGGGCUGGGAUCUUUGUUGAAACAUUCUUGUCGUUAUAAUAGAACUGGCUGUCGCCACCGCUGACACGCCAUGAUACUACUUAUAGACAAUGGCAAGCAAAGAACAAUGAAGAAUUGACAAAAGACUUCGUAAAUUCAGCACUGUUGAACUUUAUUAUUGGAAAAAAAAAGUCAGUCUCUCAAACUCUAUAACUCUUACUUUUAAAGACUUUAUUUCAUUCUUUGCUCCGAACACAAAGAAAAAGAUGAAUGAACUUAAAUGGGUUCAGAGUAAUUUAUGAAACGUCAUGGUUAAUGACUCAUCCAGUCCUCUUCUGGUUGAACUCUGCUAAAAAAACAAGGCUCAGAAUUCUUACCAUCUGUGUUACACACCUGCAUCUUGAAAAACAAAAAUAAGUAAACAUCAGACAUUAGCCACAGUUUUCUCCAGUGUUUCAUAUAUUUACAGUGUACUGUUCUUUUUUUUUAAGACAUUAGCAAUUAUUCUGAAUAUUAGCCAAUACACUGCUAUUGAUGUGGCACAUUUUACCCAACACUCCCCCAAAAUAGAUUUGCUGGUUAUUAGGGGGGGAAUGGAAUUUUUCUUUUGUUAGGAAGAUGCCCAUUUUCCAGCAUCUUACAAAAAGUAUGAUAUCAACCUACAGAGGCUUUGCCAUGGAUAACAUGGCACGUCUCAGUCCAUAAAAUUG